AUGAAUGAAUUUCCAUCACUCAAGAAUGAUUUAAUUAUUCGUGCCGCUCGUGGUCAAAAAACUGAGCAAUUUCGUGCCGAACGACUAAAGCACGAUUUUUUCGAAAUUUGUCGUACACCCGAACUCGCAACAUUAAUUACAUUACAACCAAUUGAUCGUUAUGAUGGAUUACUCGACGCAGCAAUAAUAUUUUCAGAUAUUCUUGUAAUCCCUCAAGCAUUAGGGUUAUCAGUGGAAAUGUUACCCGAGAAAGGACCUGUAUUUCUUGAUCCUUUAGUAGUUCCAGAAGAUAUAGAUUUAAAAUUAAGAAAUAAAGUUGAUGUUGAUCAUGAAUUAGGAUACGUUUUUGAAGCAAUUACUAUGACUAGAAAAGCAUUAAAUGGUCGAGUACCUUUGUUAGGAUUUAUUGGAGCACCUUGGACAUUGAUGGCAUAUAUGAUUGAAGGAGGUAGCAGUCGUACUUUAUCAAAAGCUAAAACUUGGUUAUUCAAAUAUCCAGAAGAAAGUAAAAGAUUGUUACAAAAAAUAACUGAUGUAGGAGUAGAUUUUUUGAUUGGUCAAGUUAAAGCUGGUGCUCAGAUGGUUCAAGUAUUUGAUUCAUGGGGAGGAGAAUUGUCACCUUUCGAUUUCAAUACAUUUUCAUUACCAUUUAUUACUCAAAUUGCCAAACGAGUCAAAUCUCAACUUAAAAAUGAUGGUAUUGAACCAGUUCCCAUGACAAUAUUUUGUAAAGGUUCUUGGUAUGCACUUGAAUCUUUAUCAAAUAUUGGAUAUGAUACUAUUUCAUUGGAUUGGACUAUUGAUCCUAUUUAUGCCAAGAAUAUUACUAAAGGUAAAGUUACACUUCAAGGAAAUCUGGAUCCUAAUAUGUUAUAUGGAGAUCAUGAUACAAUUAGAGCAUCAGUAAGAAAGAUGUUAGAAGCAUUUGGUACAAGUGAAAGAUAUAUUGUGAAUUUGGGACAUGGUAUUUUACCCACUGUUGAUCCGGAGAAUGCUCGAGUAUUCUUGGAAACAAUUCAUAAUGUUGGAUUGGAAUUAAAUAAUAAUCAUAAAAAUUAA